CGAGGAAGCACUCGGUAAGCAGCGUUGUCAAAGGUCGGUUCACUACACACAAAAUCUCACUCCCAAUAGAAAGAAUCUGGGCUUCAAGAUUGGAAAACCACUAUAUCUGUCGCGCUAUGCUAUGACACGGAUUUCCAGCGGACCAUGACCAACGAACACUUUGAACCUGGUCAACACUGGAAUCCACAAAAUGACAUCAAUCCCUUGUGGAUCCUCGGAAUAUACCUGCCGGGAAUGUACGAAUCAGGCAAUUUGGACGAUUUUGACAAGACUUUCACAGUCAUACAACCCCACACUGCGGAAAUUAUCAAAAAGGCACGAGAAACUCUGAAACCAAUGGUCGGAGCCGCCAUUAGCGCUUACACCGCGUCAUCCAAAGACAGCGAUGACAACGGUACAAAGAAUGCGAUUGAAAUGCUUCUACCAGUGAAAACUCCAGACACAAUAACAAUGAUGUUGCUACAGAUUUUGCGCCAGGAGAGAGCAGUCACUGAUCUAGAAACUUCCUUGCGGCUUUCUCUGAACUCGAACACUCAGAUGCCUGACACGCCAGCGUGCAAUGAACUGCUUGAGAUGCUCCAGUCCAAAACAGCACCUACGCUGCUUGAAAAGUUCACAACGCAAGGUAUAAAGCUCCUGAGGAAGUGGCAAUCCUCGGACUUAAUUGUGACAUCACUGCCAAAGCUACCAGCAGCUGUAAUUAACUCGAUGGCGAUAUUUGAGGGAGGUGAUGAUGAUGGAAAUCUCGCCACGGAGCCAGCAACAGAGUCUGACGGAAAUGGGGACGAAUUGGACGCGGUUGAUUUAGGAGUAAGGCUUGGCGGUACUGGUCAGCCGCCUCUACAAAGGCUACUUAGCCAGUCACUUCUGGACAACCUUCCAGAGGUCGAGUUCUAUGACUGCUUUGUAGGGCCGACAACAGGAGCUCUGCUUUGUUACUCGCUUUCCGAACUUGGCAGUGAAGGAUGGCACCCUUCCUCGCAAUCGAUAUCCAAAGACAUCCUAAAGUCGAAUUCAAAUUCUCUAUCGGCAGUAGCCCAAAGAGCACAAUCCUAUAUGGAUGGACGGAUACUAUCAGAUAAAGAACACCAGUCUAUGAAAAGUGCGGAUAACGUGCUUGACGCAAGUUUACGCAACUUGGAAAACACAAUGAAUGCUCGGACGGGUGAAGCGAAAGAAAAGUUUGAAAAGAUAUGCGCUCGAAUGUGCGCUACAAUAGCAAGACCAGCAGGAAUGGACGACUUGGAUGCUAAGGCAUUGUUUUUCGGCCAGGUCUCUCAGCCUUUACAAGAAGACAAUUGGUACCAUGUUCGCAGACUCUUGCAGCUGAUGGAAAAGAUAGCGAAGCUAGAAGCAGCAAUUGCUGAAAGAUUCCAUAUGGACUUAAUGCUUAUUUUAGCAGCCAUCGAAGGAGGGACGAGUGACCCGAUUCCCUGGUUUAUUGCUCUUGACGGCGUGCUGAAAAGUCUUUGGGCAGCCGUUAAGAAUUCCACGAAUAGUACUUCGGGAUCAGUCCUGAGACUUGUUAUGGAGGAAUUGACAGUCUUUUCGCAUGGUACCGCAGUACUCGCCGUGGCGCGCCGCUUCGAAAUCCACAGCCUUGACGUAAAGGACGCUAUUACCGCCAAGGCAUCCAACGUAACCUCGUGGUACAGUACUUUAUUCAGAUACGAUCCGAGAUGCGCCAAUAGUCAAUGUUUGCGGCUCCUACCAGCUCCAGCAAUUGCUAAGACUGCUGCAAUUCGUCAAGCCUUCUCGGUAGGCACCCAGGAAGCUCGGAUCGGACAUCCCGCCAUUCGAGCAUUCAUAUCUAGAAAUCGGCUCCACGGCUUUCCGUGUUUGCUCUUCUUCAUUCUGUUCCGCCGACCGCAUGGUACCCUGGUCGGAGUAUUCUACUGGUUAUCGCAUAUGUUUCAUGUGCAAGGGUGUAAGUCCUCUCGUGGAAAGUGGUGGGCAAAUUUUGCGUGAAUUUUGGUGAUUCUGCAAAGUCUAGUGUCGCCGCUUUUCUUAUCCCUUGUUGUACUAUUGAUGUUUGUUAGAAGCUGAUGGGGUGGUAAAAGAAUUUUUGUGGAAAAUAUGCUGUGUGUGCCUUUCUGUUGUGUUGUUAGGUGCGGCAAGCGCUUGUUGUGGGGCAGGAAUGACCUGGGGAGUGGUGUACCUAGGAACCUAGGUACCUUGGGUACUGUACAGUAACGCGUCUAAUGUGACGUCGGCGCUUCAGUAGCCACUUAGAAGAAAAUGCCAAG